AUGAAUCUCAACUUCACCUCCCCUCUACACCCGGCGUCAUCUCAGAGGCCCACGUCCUUCUUCAUCGAGGAUAUCCUGCUACACAAGCCCAAGCCGCUGAGGGAGGUGGCCCCUGACCACUUCACCAGCACUCUGGCCUCCCGGGUGCCUCUGCUAGACUAUGGCUACCCACUCAUGCCCACACCCACCCUCCUGGCUCCUCACCCCCAUCACCCACUACAUAAGGGAGACCACCACCACCCUUAUUUCCUCACCACCUCGGGGGUGCCGGUCCCCGCGCUGUUCCCGCACCCCCAGCACCCAGAGCUGCCGGGGAAGCACUGCCGCCGCCGCAAAGCUCGCACGGUUUUCUCGGACUCGCAGCUCUCGGGCCUGGAGAAGAGAUUCGAGAUCCAGCGCUACCUGUCCACGCCGGAGCGGGUGGAGCUGGCCACGGCCCUCAGCCUGUCGGAGACGCAGGUGAAAACGUGGUUCCAGAACCGGAGGAUGAAGCAUAAAAAGCAGCUGAGGAAAAGUCAAGACGAACCCAAAGCGACUGAUGGGCCCGAGAGCCCCGAGGGCAGCCCCCGCGGCCCCGAGGCCGCACCCGCCGAGGCUCGGCUGGGCCUGCCCGCCGGCUCCUUCGUGCUGACGGAGCCGGAGGACGAGGUGGACAUUGGGGACGAGGGGGAACUGGGCUCAGGGCCGCACGUGCUCUGA